AUGUGUGGACAACGUAACUGGCAACAAGUAGUAUGUAAUGGUGGAAUAGCCACUGAACUGGCAGUGAUUUUCAUGUUAGACAAUGGAAGUCGUGAGCAGCUAUUAGACUUCUCUCGACAUUAUAACAGUACAUGGCUAUGUCUAUCGGUAUUAUCUGUUAUUGCAUGUAACUGCGGUGAUACCUGGGCAUCAGAAAUUGGUAGUGUUAUCGGGAAUUCACAACCAAGGCAUAUAUUAACUUUCAAUAAAGUACCCAUUGGCACUAAUGGUGGCAUCUCAUUGGCUGGUACUGUGUCUAGUUUUCUAGGUGGACUGAUUGUUGGAGUUGCAUAUUACAUAACACAACUUAUGACCCAUUCUGGGAGGGAGCUUGGAUACGCACCGCCACAGUGGCCGAUUGUCUUUGCUGGAGGGGUUGCUGGAUUGGUCGGUAGUAUGAUUGAUUCCUUAUUAGGAGCUACUCUACAAUACUCGGGUAUUAUAGAGGACCGGGGUAUGGUGACAGAUGUUCCAUCGUCAAGGACAACAAAAAUAAGUGGAAUACCUCUCCUGGAUAAUAAUGGUGUUAAUUUAUUUUCUGCAUUAAUUACUGGACUAAUUUUGCCAGAUGUACUAUUUUAUUAUUGGCCCCAUUAGCGAAUGCAAAAUUGGAAGGAACCUGUAGUCUUCAAUGGCAGUCCACUUUCGAUUUCCAUGGCGAUAGGUUCAUUUGAUCAACUACAUGUAUGAUCAGCAGGAAAGGCUGCCAUAUUAUUAUGAGCAUUCAACAUUUGUUGAAUAAGUUGAGGAUGCUCAAUAUGCAAAUACUGUAAUUACAUCUACACUCUCCGAUGAGCUUAGGGAGUUAUGUACAUUUGCAUACAUUUGUUUUACUGUCAAACUACGGUAGUCAUUUUGAGCACAUUCACCAAGCACACGUAUAUAUCUGAACGUCAGAAUAGAUAUUUAUACAUCUAAUUUAAUAAUCAGUUGUUACAAAAGCUGUAAAUAAUCAAAUACAGUUAAAAUCACAGAUCCAUGUUGUCACAGUUCACC